AACAAAUAAACUUUGUUUUGCAAGAACUGUGAAAACAUUUGUUAUUAGUUCUUCAGUCUUCGUUCAAAUAGCACGCAUUAAAUCAAAAUGACAACGAAAAAUAUAUUGACUAUUUUAUUAGUCUCCUUGUACUUAGUUCAAUUGACUACAGCUCAACCCACAAACAUCCACACCCAUGAGAACUAUUUGAAGAGCCAUGAUUUAUGCCAUCAAAGAACCAACUAUGCAACCAUGGCACCUUCCGAAGGGGACAGCAAUUUAGCGGCCUCCUUACAAUUGCUGAAAAUUACUUUAUUCGCUUUGCAAGAGAUGACCCUGACCUAUGCUACCAAAGCCAAAACUGUUAGUGAUCAGCUGCUAAAAGAUGCCGCCCUGAAAGAAAACCAAUCUGACGAGGUCAAAGAAUUUCACCAGAAAAUUCAACAAUUUGAAGAGAAAUUUUCUUCGUGCAAUGGCAUUGAUGAAUUAUUCAAAUUAGUGGAAUUUUAUUCGACUGUCAGUUCCGAGUUUUAUGAAAUGGAGGAGCAAAAAACUUUAACAGCUGAUUCGAAAAUAAUCUUAGAGGUUCUGAAAAAAUACAAAUCCCAAGAGAUGGAUGAUGAAUUCGAACAGUCGUUUAAUACGUUUGUGGAUAAUUUUGCAAAGAAAUUCGAUGAACUCAAGGAGGACUUGAAGCAGGAGAAGGGAGAAACUAGUGGUAAGAUCGUGCAAUGGUGGCAACAGGUGAAGAAUUUGAAGACGUACGAUGAAAAAAUUAAGGCAUUUGCCAGCUAUGUGAAAUUAUAUGAAACAAAUUAAGCCAAGUGCUGAGUAAUGGUUAGUUAAUCGAAUGUUUUUUUUUUUUAAAUAUAAAUAAAGUGAUACCUAUAAAUAAUGUUUUUUAAA